UUGAAGAUAAGAAGCUCUUAACAAAGAAAACAAUUGCAAGCCAGCACUGUUCAGGAAAUUCUGUUCUUUGGCGAAGAAUAGGAUCUACGACAACACAGGAUGCAUGCGGACUGUCCUAUAAUAAAAAGGAUAUACAUUACUAAUGUCAUAACCCUUAUACACCCAUUUCUUAAGUGCCUUUGGAUUAGUAUGAGGUUCCUCAGCCUUGCCUUCAGCAGGAGAGACUCUGCCAGAAAGAGAACAAGAGGGGAGCAGAGAAGAAUGUUGAUCUUUAUUGCAGGACUUCUGCUUUUGACUUAUUUACCGGUUUCCAAUGGAGGGUAUGAUGAAAAGCAAGGGGCAGCUUUUUGUUCAGGCAAUGCAUGCUACACUGUCCACCUAAGCAAGGCAAAGUUUUCUGAAGCACAUAACAACUGCGCCAACAGAGGAGGUUACUUGGUGACAAUAAAGAGUGAAAAAGAAGCUGAACUGGUACACACUAUCCUUUUGGAACUUACAAAAAACCCUCAAUUUACUCAAUCUUUAAACCUCUGGAUUGGACUUAAGUUAAAGCAAUGUGUUAUUAAACAUGAUUUGCUCAAGGGAUUCUUCUGGACCACAGGUGAUGAGAACGCAGAAAAAAGCCAAUUUUCUAACUGGAUGAGUGAUCCAAAGUCAACAUGCACCAAAGAAAUGUGUGUGAGUAUGAAAUUACACACAAACCCCCUUGAUAACUUCAAGUGGGUUGACAGCCUGUGUUCAGCACUGUUUGAUGGCUAUAUCUGCAAGUUUGACUUUCAGGGAAUGUGCCAGCCUUUAGUACUAGCUGGACCUGGAAUAGUUAAUUAUGAAACCUCAUUUAGUUUCAAAAGUGCUUCUUUGAAUUUAUUGCCAUAUGCCUCCUUUGGUUAUGUGUCUUGUGGUCACCAAAAGAAUGGUAAUGUUUACAAUUUAAUGUGCAAGGACAUGGAAGAGAGCGGGACUACUGUGUAUCAGUGGGUUGAUCCUCGUUCAAAUAAAUAUCUUGGAGCUUUGUGCGUUUCUGAGGAGCAUGGCUGUAACUAUAAUAAUGGAGGAUGUCAACAUAAAUGUACUACAAAUUCAGAGAAAGGAUCGAUCUUAUGUGAAUGCAAUGAUGGAUAUGUGCUUGCACCUGACUUGGUGUCUUGUGUUUUACCUGACCACUGUGAGUCCCACCAGUGUGAGCACAACUGUAUAAACCACCCACAUGGCCAUGAAUGUACAUGUAAAUCUGGCUUUGUGCUAGCUGAAGAUAAAAAAAAAUGCUUAGAUAUCAAUGAAUGCUUAGAAGGUCCUUGCAACCACACCUGCAGCAAUACCUAUGGUAGCUUCCAGUGUCAUUGUCCCCCUGGUUUGCUUGUGCGUGGCACACACUGCUUGGACAUAGAUGAGUGUAUUUUGUCACCUUGCUCUCAGGGUUGCCUCAACACCUAUGGAUCUUACUUUUGCUCCUGUAGCAAUGGCUAUGUCCUUAGCGAUGAGAAAUCUUGCUUGGAUGUGGAUGAGUGUGUUAAUUCCCCAUGCGCCUACUCCUGUGAAAACAUUCCUGGGAGCUACAAAUGUACCUGCCAAAAAGGUUUCAAGUUAUCAUCAGAUCGGAUCUCCUGUAUUCCAGAACUUCAGAAUGCACACAUACCUCCCUCUGGCCAUGAAGAUAAAGAUUCAGGAACACAGAACAGGGAAACUACCAGCAACGGCCAAAGAGAUAUGACAAACCAACCUACCCCAACUUCAGUGUUUCAAGCUACAUUUACAGAGAAAGAAGAUAAAAGACAGAUGAUAUUGUCCACUCCAGCGUCCAGUGAAAGCGGCAGCUAUCCUAACAAUAGUUCUGUAAAUCAGGUAAUAAGUGAUCGUCAGGAUGGGUAUAGUAUAGUGUUACUAGUCAGUAUCUUAUCUGCCUGUGGUGUUGUCUUGGUACUCCUGAUUGUUGCUGGAGGGUUCCUGUGCUACCGCAGAAGGAAUACAAAGAAAAAAGAGACUGAGAAGCAGUCCAGUGCAACAGAUAAGUAUUGCUGGGUUCCAGAAUCUGAGGAUAAAGCAAACAAGGACUUCAGGUGACCUGGCAUUCCUUACAUGAGCCUAUAAUCCUAUUU